UUUACCUCAUCAAGUCAAGGUCGUUUAAGUCUUUCCUCUGUUCUCCUCUUCCUUAAUUCUCUCCUUCCAUUGUUAGACAAGGAGAAAGCUCCUAUGGCUCUACCCUUCAUUCCUCGUUUAUUCUUUCUCCUUCCCUUAACGGCCUUUUACUUUGCUAAUGGAGAAGAUGAAUCGCCCCUAUCAAAUUGCCCCAAGGAAUUCACCUGUGGAAACAUCGAUAAUCUGCAGUUCCCCUUCGCUCAACACACGCAGCCUCAUUGCGGCUUAGUCGUAGUAAAUUGCUACACAACACCUCCCACAGUCCAGCUGGGAGAUUGGUAUCAGCUUCAAAAUGUGAGUACAAACGGGGAGGUCAAAACAAUCCUCCUCGAAGACUCGAAGCUUCAGAGACUGUUCGACCGCCAUGAUUGCUCAAUCUUAAACUACACCGUCCAAUUUCAGAAUUCUCCUUCCAUCACGUUCCGCUAUUCGGAAUCAAACACCUCCUUUUUGCAAUGCAAUAAUCGGAGUAGUAUCUGCAAUUAUGAGAGGUAUAGCAACUAUGUUGAAGGUUUGAGUUUGUACUAUAAACGUCCCUCCUCGGCUCCAGAGAAUUAUACCAGAUGUAGUAGUGUUCCUGCUAGCUGUGCUCUGUUGCCAUCUCCAAUUAUUAUCAGGAAACCAAAUGCUCUGUUAACUGCUCAAUUUGGAGUAGAGCUUCAAGUCUCAGAAGCUUGUUAUGAGUGUUACUAUGGAGGUGGGAGAUGCACAGUUGAUAUCCACAAUCAAUUUCAUUGUGAAAAAGGAAAAAGCACCAUGAGAACGACAAUGCUUAAAGUAAUUCUAGUGACAGUUUUAAGCAGGACCACACUGAUCCUUACAUUCAUGUUCAUCCUACUACUCUGUAUUACCAAGAAGAUGUUCUUUUGUCCUUGCAAGAGCGUGACAACUAAAAUAAAGAACUAUCAAGAUGUACCAGAGUUUUAAAAGAGCCAUGGUCCGUUAUUACAAACUCCUUUAAGAAUGGACUUGAACAAGAACUUAAGGAGGCUUUGACUUUGCAUAUGAAGGGAAGUUGCACAAUGGAAGCCUUGUGGCGGUUAAGGUUUUAAAGGAACUAAAAGUCCGUAGAGAACAAUUGUUUUACCGUUGUAGAGUAUGACCUAUACUGCACAGUGAACCACUGCACAUUGAUACAUGUUACGGAGUAUUUUUAAUACAUUACUGGUUUGUUUUUGCUGUAUUA